CCACCUCAGCGGGAAGCGGAGACGCCAACAGCUGGCUCGUCAGGGGAUCGGGAGGCGGGUAGCUGCGGCCGGGCGGGAAGCGGAGCGGCCUUGCGGCGUCGGCCGGGGAAAGAUGGUGUUGCUCACGAUGAUCGCCCGAGUGGCGGACGGGCUUCCGCUGGCCGCCUCCAUGCAGGAGGACGAGCAGUCUGGCCGGGACCUUCAACAAUAUCAGAGUCAGGCUAAACAGCUGUUUCGGAAGUUGAAUGAGCAGUCCCCUACCAGAUGUACCUUGGAAGCAGGAGCCAUGACUUUCCACUACAUUAUUGAGCAGGGGGUGUGUUACUUGGUUCUGUGUGAAGCUGCCUUCCCGAAGAAGCUGGCUUUUGCCUACUUAGAAGACUUGCACUCAGAAUUUGAUGAACAGCAUGGGAAGAAAGUGCCCACUGUGUCUAGACCGUAUUCCUUCAUUGAGUUUGAUACCUUCAUUCAGAAAACCAAGAAAAACUAUAUUGAUAGUCGUGCUCGGAGAAACCUGGGCUCCAUCAACACUGAGUUGCAGGAUGUGCAGAGGAUCAUGGUGGCCAACAUCGAAGAAGUGCUGCAGCGGGGAGAAGCGCUCUCAGCAUUGGAUUCAAAGGCUAACAAUUUGUCCAGUUUAUCCAAGAAAUACCGCCAGGAUGCAAAGUACUUGAACACACGCUCUACUUACGCCAAGCUCGCAGCGGUCGCUGUGUUUUUCAUCAUGUUAAUAGUGUAUGUGCGCUUCUGGUGGCUGUGAGGUAGUGAGCUGGUCAGUGGUGAGGGAGAUGCUAGAACCCAGCAGGUGUGUGUUUCCAGGAAGCGGAGCUCACAGGGAUGUAUAUUAGAACCCAAGUGGAACUUCUGCUUCUGAACACCUUGCAAGAGAAGACAAGCUCUGAAAAUGAAAGAUUGCACCUCAGUUAAUGGAGCUUAACCCUGUGUGGAAGCCUCUUUGGGGGGCAGAGGCUUUCUGUGGGUGCUAAGCCAUGUGUGUUAGGGAACAGUAGGUUGUUUUAUUUGUUCAUUUUUUUCUUCCUAGUACAUUUUAUUUUAAACAGCACUGACUGUAGCACCGUCUCAUGAAGCCAUCAGUGAGAUUUAAGGUAGUCAACCUGUGCUAGAAAAUUCUGAAAUCCCUUCAAAGAAGGCAGCCUUUUGGGAAGUUUUUGACUUUAAUCAACAUUCCUUCUGUUGGUGACAUUUGUGAUUUUCUGUAGUCUGAAUGUUUGAUGGCCUUUCAAAUAAGACUGCAAGUAUGUGAAAGUUCAUUGCUAUGCUGGACAGAUCUUGUCUGUUGGCCCCUGUAGGAAGUUAACCUUUGUUAUUUUCCUUUUAUAUAUUGCUUAUUGCACAAUUGCUUUAGGAUUAAGUGAAUUAUAUUAAGAUGCCGUGAAAUUAUAUAGCACUCCUUGACUAAGAAGCUAAUUUUUUUUUCUCAUUUACUCCUUAAACAAAAGACCUAAGUUAGUUUGGAACGUUAUUAGUUUGCGGUGUGUGGUUUAUGAUGUAAGAGCUAAUUCAGCAUAGGAUAGCCAGAGGCUCGGGCUUUAUGAGAAGCAAGGCUCAGCUCAGGCUCCAGCCUUGUCUUGCCCCUUACAGCAGCCACUCUGUCCACCAUAGUCUUCCCAUCCUUUUGGUGCCUCUUGCCACAAUUUGUUCACAGUUUAAAAAUUCCCCUGUCUGAGUAGUUUCAUGUCCCAUAAAUAUCCUUCCAGGAUACAUUCAGAUUUCAAAAUGGAAAAUGUUCAGCCAUAUAGUUAAUUAAAUUUAUAAUAUUUGCAGAUCAGCUGUGAAACUAAAUACACUUUAUCUGAGAAAGUCUCCAAGAGCGCCUCAUUCCUGUGUCACAUCAUGUAAGUUUUCCAAGAAUGUUCUAGAGAUCGAUAAUUCAUUAGCUUCUAUUAGCUAAUAAAAAUACAUAUUUUUUUUUUCCUUUUUUGCUCAGGGAUAAUAGGAUUUCUUUUUACCUUCUGAGGUGGAAUUUUUUAAAUGGGAAGAAUAGGCCUUUUGAAUAUUGUCCCAAGGACCAACAACAUAACCUAUAACUCUUGCACAUGUUGCAAAUACUUCUUUAAAUUGUAUAGAAAAUGAGCCAACUACUUAUUUCUUAACACAUUUGGGAAGAAUUUUAGUAGGCAAUUUUAUAACCCUAAAAGAUCAUCAGAGCUACUACCUGAUUCCUGGUAGAGAACAACUAUCCUGUUUCCUACAAGAAGGCAAAUAGAAGUGCUUAUUUUAUUCCUGAUAAUUUACAGAACUAGAAUAAACAUUUUUCUUCUAUUAUGAACCUAAACCUGUCAAUUAGAAUUUUUGCAUGAAAUACAAAAUUACAUUUUAUAGAGAAUUAGUGCUUUUAAGUUCCUAAAAGGCUUAUCACUCAAGUAAUGAUACUGGCAAUAAAAGCCUUCAAAAGACUGAAAACCUAAGUAGUGGUACCACAGCAUUUGGUGCCUCUGGAGGAGUGGAGAGUGGCACCUUGUUGUUGAGAGUUGCAUGCUGCAACUUAAUAGCAGCGAUGAAAUAAAUACUUCUAGAAUGUU